AUGGCUCCAAAGAUUACGCUCACCGUUGAGCCGCGGGGUAAACCCAUCCGCAUGCUCCCAAAAGAGCUCACCAUUGCCCUCGAUGCCUCUGGUGAUGACCUUCACGACAUGAUCGCUCAGAUCUCCGGUGUCUCUAAGCAUCGUCUGCGUAUCACCAAGGGAAGUGACCGCUCCGCUGUUCCCAAUGCGAAGGACAUCACCAUCGACGACACUGGUCUGCGCAACUCCAGCGUGAUUCACGUCAAGGACCUUGGCCCCCAGAUCGCAUGGCGUACCGUCUUCAUCAUUGAAUACCUCGGUCCUCUCCUGAUCCCAGCUCUCUUCCUGUUCCCCCUCCGUCCCCUCCUGUACUUCAACUAUGACACUCUCCCGGACCCUUCGGACCUGCAACUCCUUGUCUGCGCCCUUCUGACCAUCCACUUCCUGAAGCGCGAGUUUGAGACCAUCUUCGUGCACCGCUUCAGCAACGCCACCAUGCCCGCCUUCAACAUCUUCAAGAACAGCGCCCACUACUGGGCCCUCGCCGGUUUCAACAUUGCCUACUGGGUCUUCCGCCCCGACGCAGCGGCCGCCAGCGCGGACUACAACCCCGCACUUGUAUACGCCGGUCUUGCGCUUUUCGUGUUCGGUGAGCUGGCAAACUUGAAUGCUCACUACGUGCUUCGAAAUCUGCGUCGGCCUGGUACCACUGAGCGUGGUAUUCCCUCCGGAUUUGGGUUCAGCCUCGUUACCUGCCCCAACUAUAUGUUCGAGAUCAUUGCGUGGUUGGGUAUCUUCCUGGUUAGCCAGCUGAACUUGAGUGUGAUUCUCUUCACUCUUGUUGGUGGUUUGCAGAUGUGGAGCUGGGCGUGGAAGAAGGAGAAGCGCUACCGCAAAGAUUUCGGAGACAAGUACAAGAAGAAGAAGACUGUUCUCCUCGCCUUCCUCUGUUAG